AUGCAAGAAGAAUGGUUCAAUGGAUCUAUUAUCAAUGUACAAAAUAAUAUAAUUGAACAUUUAAAAGACCUUAAUAGGUUAUUAUCUAGAAAAUCAGGUAUUAUUCAAUCAACAGAACUUUCUAAAAAUGAUAAAAUUGAAAGAUUGGAAAAUGAAAUUAAUCCUCAAUUAGAAAAUUUGAAUGUAUCUAUUUCAGAACUGGAUACAAAAUUGGAUAACAUAUACAAUACGAAUGGCAAUAUUUAUGGUAGCAGUGAUAAUAAUAAUAAUAAUAAUAAUAAUAAUAAUAAUAAUGCUAAUGAUUUUGGAAAAGAUAAAGAGGCUACUCCCUGGUUGUUUAAUGAAGAUGAUGAUCAAUUCGAUGAAUCACGGUUUUACGAUAUAUCUCAUGAAGGAAUGGUUGAUGACGAAGAAUAUCAACAUCAUAUAGAUAAAGUAUUCACAACAAAUGAUCAUAAUAUUAUUGAGAGUGAUCCCGAUAAUGUAAUAUCUGAUAAUGAAUCAGUUCCAAUAAUAGAAGACCACGCAAUAUCUUCGUCACCUUCAUUAUCACGUACUGAAUCAUUAUCUAAUGAACAUAUUAUUAUCAGUAGUGAUGAUGACUUCGAUAUAAUGGAAGUAAAUGAACCAAUGGAUCAAGAAGAAGUUAUAGAUUUGGAACCAAUACUUUCGGAUGAUGAUUUGUUACCAUCUGUUCUUUCAUCUCAGAUACAAUCAUCUACCAAGAACGUUAUUGAUAUUGAAAAAGAAGAGGCUAAAGAACAAGAAAUUUAUUAUAAAUGGACAGAUGAACUCUAUUUCAAAUUGAGUAAAAUCUUUAAAUUGGCUAAUUUUAGAAAUAAUCAAUUAAAGGCAAUCAAUUCCACUUUAUCGGGGAAGGACGUAUUUGUAUUGAUGCCUACAGGUGGUGGGAAAUCAUUAUGUUAUCAAUUACCAGCAAUUAUUAAAAAUGGGAAGACACAUGGAACUACUAUAGUUGUUUCACCGUUAGUCUCAUUAAUGCAAGAUCAAGUCGAUCAUUUGCUUGCAUUAGAUAUUAAAGCUACUAAUUUAAACUCUAGACUUAAUGCUGAACAGAAAAAUUUUGUAUUUCAAUUGCUAGUUAAUGGUGAGUUGGAUUUAUUGUAUAUCUCCCCCGAGAUGAUAAAUGCAUCAAAAAAAUUUCAAACUGUUCUACAAAGUUUAUUUCGAACUCAUAAUUUAUCAAGAAUAAUUAUAGAUGAAGCUCAUUGUGUUUCAAGUUGGGGUCAUGAUUUUAGACCAGAUUAUAAACAAUUGAAUUAUUUUAAGGAGAAUUUUUGUAAUAUACCAAUUAUGGCAUUGACUGCUACUGCAAAUACAUUUGUUAUUAACGACAUUAUCAAGAAUUUGAAAUUUAAUCAAAACAACAUGACAUUAUUAAGACAGAGUUUUAAUAGAGAUAAUUUAUUUUAUCAAAUUUUACCUAAAAAUUCGAAUACUAAAAUUAUGGUAGAAACAAUCAAAAAAUUUAUAUUAGAAAAUUUUAAAAAUCAAACAGGUAUAAUUUAUUGUCAUUCUAAAAAAUCAUGUGAAGAAGUAUCAGAGAUGUUAUCAUCUUUAGGAAUUAAAUCGGCAGCAUAUCAUGCGGGCAUGAGUGCAAACGAAAGAAUCAGAGUACAAAAAUCUUGGCAAAAUAAUAUUGUUCAAGUGAUAUGUGCCACAGUGGCCUUUGGGAUGGGUAUUGACAAGCCUGAUGUUAGAUUUGUAAUGCAUUAUACAAUUCCAAGGUCUCUGGAGAGUUAUUAUCAGGAAACUGGUAGGGCAGGAAGAGAUGGAAGGUAUUCAUAUUGUAUUACUUUUUACUCCUUUAAAGAUGUUAGGAAAUUACAAAAGAUGAUACAGAUAGACAAAUCUCUUAAAAAGGAAAAUAAAACUGUUCAUCUUAACAAAUUACAACAAGUCAUGACUUUUUGUGAAAAUCAAUUUGAAUGUAGAAGAAAUUUGAUUUUAAAUUAUUUUGAUGAAAAAUUCGAUUCUAACUUUUGUUUCCAAAAUUGUGAUAAUUGUGUGAAAAAGGAUUUAGAUUUAACCGAGACUGAUGCAAGUCAAAUUAAAGAACAAGAUAUUACAGAAACAUCUCUACAGAUUGUAGAUUUGGUAGAUUCAUUAGGUUCUGACAGGGUUACUGUAAUAAGUUGUCAAGAAAUAUUUAAAGGGUCAAAGUCUGCAAAGAUUGUACAGUCAGGAUAUACUCAAUUAAGGGAACAUGGUCUCGGGAAAGAAUGGUCCAAGCAGGAUCUGGAAAGAAUAUUUUUCCAUUUAAUUACUUUGAAAGUACUUCAAGAAUAUUCAGUUAUGAAUAAAUGUGGUUAUGGAUCAAGUUAUGUAAAAUUAGGUCCUGAAGCUAGAAAGCUUAGAAAUAGGAAGCUAACUAUUACUAUGAAGUUCACCAUAACCGAAAAACGGAGUAAGACGUCCAAAAGUGAUACAACAGUAGAGGAAGAUCCUCAAUUUAUUAAAAUAUUAACCAAUAGGAGAGCUCGAAGGAUCGAAUUCCCUACACGACCUUCAGAGAAUCGACCAAAAAGGGUCCAUAAUGCAACGUAUGUCACCACCUAUAAUAACAGUGAAGCUGUAACCUACGAACGUAAUUUGGAAAUUGUUCGUCAAUUAAAAGAACAGCAAUGUGCAACUGAAAAAAUUACUAGAUCGUCUGGAAACAAAGGAUCUAUUAAGGGUAGAAGAAAAACUAGACGAUAUAGAAGAGGCGGAAGAUCUGGUUCCAAAUCAUAUAGAGCAAGGAAUUGA